AUGACAACGCCAAAGAAGCUGCUCGUAGCGGCAGCCAAGAACGGUCUGGCCAUUCCCUGCGAUGUCGAUGCCACGGCGUUCUUACUAGCGCAUCCUCGUGGCGCAUACACAGCCGCCCGCACCGUGCAUCAGACGCGUAUUUUCGACUACGAGGCGCAUAUCCGUCGCUUAGUGGAGUCGACCAUUGAGAUGCAGAAACACAAGCAGGUGCUGCUUCCUAGUGCUGUCGAGAGGGAGUUGAGACCAAGGACCGAGGCGACAAUGAUGGCAGCCAUGGAGGCGUUCACGAACCUAUACGAAGUGCACGAAGAUCAGGAGUACAAGAUCAAUGUGCUCGUGUGUCCUGCUGAAGGUGACCCCGUAGAUGGAGAGGUGCUGUGCAAAACCGACGUCUUGUGCCACGUGGGGCUCUUACCGCCGCUACGUAAUGAGAUGGUGAAGCUAGAGGUGGCAGGUCUGCCCCGUCAUAAUGCUAUCGUCAAAGAUUCGGCAUGGAUAAAGGAGCGGAAAGCCAUUUAUGACAGGAUGGCACCGGAUACGGAGGAGGUGAUCCUCAUGGACCCUACAACGAGAUGUUUGUUUGAAGGGUCUCAGACCAACUUUUACACAAUCCAAGAUGGGGUGGUGUUGACAGCGGAGGAAGGGAUUUUGAAAGGCACCGUGAGGUCUAUCGUACUGGACGCUUGUGCAGAGAGUGACAUUCCUGUGGAUUUUACGCCUCCAUCCUUAGACAGCGUCGCAAAGUGGCAAGGCUGCUUCAUCUCAAGCACGUCGAGGUUGGUUUUGGGUGCAAAAGUGUUGCAGUACGAACAACCCGAUACGAAGAGUGCGUGCACGCGAGAGUUCAGCCCGCACCCUAUCUUGGACCAAAUCACGACUGCUGUUCGCGACAUGGUGACGAAGAAAAGCACGAAAGUGUUCAAGUGA